AUCCUUAUUCUACGAAUGAUCGUGAAGAAUUCAAAAAAUGUGAUCAUGAAUGCAUUGAUGAAAAGCAUCAUAAUAAAGUUGAAGGAAAAAACCCGGUUAAAUCUUACUGUACACAAAAAAUUUUUCACUCUAGUUUGGAUCAUAAUUAUAAUACUACUCCGGAUGGUGCAGUUAUGGAAGCAGUAUUUACAUUUAUAGAAACUAGAAAAAAAUCACGGAAAUCGACACAAGUUGGGCAAAUGGCAAUCGAUCGAGAUACUGUAUCUCUUAUUCUUUUUAAUGAAAACACCACCGUUGCAUUCGAAAACAGAACCCUGACAAACUCGGAAGAGCUUCUGCGCGAGAUGAUGAAAUAUACUGCAGGAGGUGGUACUAAUUUUGCAAAAGGGAUUAAAGAGGCCACAAAACUAAUUAAGACGCAUCGUGAUCCUUCGAAGUAA